AUGAAAUUAUAUGUAGAUCCAUAUUUGUAGAGAUAAUAAUAAUAAUAAAAAAUUAAUGCUAUUUAAUUGAUUGAAGGAAUUCAUUUAAAAAGAAUUUAGGAUUUCAAAUAUGUAUAAGCAUAAAAAUAAGUACAUGAGAGUUUAUAAUAAAGAGUUUAAAAUAGAGCAGAAAAAUGGGAAAAUUUUUUUUAAUUUGAUGAUCAUAUAGAUAUUUAUAUAUAAAUAUAUAACUCUAAGAGUUUGAAAAAAAAGAGUUUUUUUUAUUUGACACCAAAACGAGAAGAACAAUUUUAAAUCAUUUAAUUUACAGAAGAACGAUCUUGA